UGCCUGAUAAAAUACCUUGCACUCUGUGGAAAUAUCUAAGGAUAAACCCAUGGGUCUAGAGCAACGAGUCCAAACUAUCUGAGUCGCACCUUUCAGUUUAUUUACUGUUGGUUGUCACUGAAUGGAUUUCCUUCUAAAGUAUUAAUCAGAUUCUAGUGAGGUAAACACAGUAAGCCCUUCGAUGUUUUCACGAUGAAACAGUACUUAGUGAUACCAUGAAGAGUAAAAUGAAACAGAUGAGGACUAAUUUCGUAGUUUGUGUCAUUCUUGUCUCAGCACUACUUGCGAUUCAUGUAUGGAAUUCUAGCAACCUAUCUGGAUCGGAGAAAACUACGCAGAAUCUAUACAAAUUCAUCGCAAGCAAUUUGAAAUAUGACAGAAAUGGAACUUUGACUGUAUAUGGACAAUUUCAAAACCGUUUAAGUUCCAGUGACAUGUUGGAAAUAAAUAAUAUUUCUAUGAUCAUCAAAGAGAUAAUAAGUGAUUACGAAGAGCAAAAAGCUACACAAAGAGAGCGACUGCGAAAGCACAGGGAACAGUUUAGUGCUAGUGUUGGAACAAAUACAUCCCUUGUCUCCUAUUCGCCAUUAUACAAGAGAUCAGAGACAAACUCAACCCUAAGGAAAAAUUUAAUAUCGCAAAAUUAUUUUACUAAAAAUCGUCCAAUUAAAAAUGUAAACUGCGGUUUACUUUUUGAAGGUAACGCCAAGGAGGUGGAAAAAGCCAAGCGUUUAAGCAAAGCUAUUUCUUUCCAAACAAGGAGCAAGACUUUUGUUAAUCAGACAAGGGACUGUGAAAAAUUUAUAAAAAGCAAAGGAUAUAUAAUGGAUUCAUUAACAGACGAAGAACAAAAUUUUCCUAUCGCAUACAGCAUCAUGGCUUAUAAAAGUCCAGAACAAUUUGAAAUGUUAUUCAGGGCGAUAUACCGUCCCCAAAAUGUUUACUGUCUGCAUAUAGACAAGAAAACCCCCAACAGUAUUUUUGAGGAGUUUUCAAGUAUCAUAAAAUGUUUUCCAAAUGCAUUUUUAGCUUCCAAGCGGAUAUUGGUGAAUUGGGGGUAUAUGAGUGUGCUGACCCAAGAAUUAGUUUGUAUGGAGGACUUGUUAAAAUAUAAAAAGUGGAAGUAUUUUAUUAAUUUGACAGGACAGGAAUUUCCUCUCCGUACAAAUUAUGAAAUUGUGAAGAUACUCAAAAUCUACAAUGGUGCGAAUGAUCUUGAGUCCACCAUUAAAAGAGCCAACAAAGUUCGCUGGUUAGCUGCGGGAACACCUCCAAACCAGAUUCGACCUGUCAAGGGAUCGGUUCACAUCACAGUGAACAGGAAGUUUGUGGAAUACGUCGUAAAUAAUCCUGUUGCAAAAGAUUUCUUAAACUGGACAAGGAGAGUAGCAGUGCCAGACGAGACAUUCUUUGCUUCUCUGAACCACAACCCUCAACUACAAAUCCCUGGAAGUUACAAAGGUGAACCAGAGACAGAUCGAUUUGAUAAGCCCUUUCUAACGCGCUUUAAGAACUGGGGCACGGGGGUCUUUAACUGGCCGUGUCAUGGACGUCGUGUCAGACAAAUCUGUAUCUUCGGAAUCGGCGAUCUUCCUCUUCUGGCACGAAGACCAGAAUUCUUUGCCAACAAAUUCUACCUGUACUAUCAGACUUACGCCUUGCAGUGCAUGGAAGAGCUACAUUACAACAGAACAAGAGACGUGUAUCACCAACAGCUUGAAUUUCAAGCAGAUUAUUAUGAGAAUUUGGAAUUUAUCAAACACGUAGUGUAAAAUUAAACUUGUAUGGAAAUGCUUCAUUUGCCAUUUGG